AUGACUCUCAUGCUUUCCACCUCGCGGCAGCGACCCGUGUGGUCCCUGGCGGCCCUGAUCAUUCUCAGCGCGGGUGUCGACUACAGGGCCUUCGCCCCAUGGAUCCCAUGGUGCAAUUCAGCUCCAAAGAUUCCAAAGAUCCAGGAAUUCACCCAUGGAGAUGUCGCCAAUGUCGCCAAGAGACCUCGGGACUUCUCGGAAUCCACGAAAACUUGGGGCUUGUGCGCUCAGGGAUGCCGGACUGCAAGAAGGUUGGGGCCCUCUGGUCCGUUCUUGGGUCCAUUCUGCAGCCCGAAGUCACGCAGCCUUCGGUUGCUGGCACAGAGCCACGAGACCUUAAUCGAUGCUUUUCCAAUUCUGCGGCGAUUGGUGGAGCAGAACAAGGCGGCGACUCUGGUGCAGAUCCCUGGUGAAAGCUUAAAAGGUGGAGGCGAGUCCAAGAACUUGUGCCACUCUGCGCCGGAGGGUCGCAGAACUCCAUCAAGACCAUCGGAUUCGAACCAAAAAUGUGGCUGUGGCGCCAUUCAGCGGGAAAGCUGCAUUUUAUGUGGUCUCAGAGCGAUUUCAACAGGACAAGGGAUGACAAGGGAUUAUCCACGGAAAGCCUUCCAUUGGACCAUGUGCCAGCUGAAUUCCAUGGAUCGACAGCACGCGUUGAAGCACCAUGUGCAUUUGGAUCUUUCCAGCGAGGAGUUUGAUCCAUACAUCGAGGAGAUCAAAGUUGCUUGCAAGACGCCAGCCACCCUGCUGGAAGAAGCGACCGUGCGACCCAGUGAGGUAGACAUUCUGGCCAUUGAUGCAGAAGGUUUGGAUGUGCAGAUUUUGACACUUUUCUUGAAGCUGCCAGACUUUGAUCCAGCGGUGAUUUUUUGUGAAGUAACUCAUGUGGAUCCCGCCUCCUUGGAUCAGUUGACCCAGCAGUUGCAGGGCCGCGGAUAUCACCUCGGCCGUGCCACGUCUGAGAUGACGGAAGAUGGUUUCGGGGACCUUGUGGAGCUGGAAAGACAAGUGCAAGACCGUGUGAAGGCGGCCAAAAUCACAACAGAUGGGAAGGCCGAAGAAGUUGCGAGAGCUGCAGUGCAGGAGAUGGAAAGGCAGAUCAAAGUCCUGGAAUCCAUCCAGUCCUCCCUGGCUGGCAUCGAGUCGCUAGGAAGCCAGGACCUCAAUCGAAGGAUGGCUUACCUGGAGCGUUGCACCCCCGAGCAUCCAGAGCAGCUGCCGCCGUUCCUCCAACCUAUGCGGGAGGCAGUUCUGCAGGAAUGGGAGAACUGCGACUUGUUGCGACAAAUCAACAACCUGGCCCCAGAGACAGAGAAGUACAGGGCCCAGUUUGCCAAUUUCAAGAAGUCAAGUGAGCCCCGUCAUCGACGACGCCUCAGCAUGAUGCAGAAGAAGGAGAAUGACAUUCGCAAAAGGAACCGAAAGAUGCGACAGGCGUGCAGGGAGCUAACGGUCUUCAGAGAACAGGUGAGGAUAGCCAGGGAAGAAGCAUCACUGCCUGCUGAAAAAUGCGGCAGUUGA